AUGCCUUCUGGCAAGCAUCGUCUUUAUAUCGCACUGUAUGCACGUGGUGGCAAGCCCACCAUGCCAGAGAAAGAAGAUACAUAUCAUUGGGGUUUAGUCGUCGGGCCUAAAAAAGAAGUUGAAGAUUCACGAGGAACCCGUUUUCAUGCUAAGGAGUUUUUGUCCCCCUCGACUGGAAAAUUCGAGUUCAAGUACGAAGAGGUGUCUAUACCUCUUCUAGCAACGCAGAUGCUUUUGGUGCGAGUGAUGAUUGCGAAAAUAGAAAAUUAUGAUCGCAUGCUGCAGAUACUGCGGGCCGUUCCUGUUAGGAGUAAGGAUGAAGGGUGGAAUUGUGUAGGAUGGGUAAGAGAAGCAUUGGUAGAUUUGCAAAAUGAUGGGAAGACUUUGGGCACCGCUGUGAUUGAAUGGGCUAUGGUCCGAGACGCGGCCAUGAACUAUUGCCAGAGGAAGAAGGACGAGCAUCGAUUUGACGGGGUGGUUGAAUGGAAAACGGAUAAAGCGGCAACAUUUGACCUGAUCAAUGGGAAGGAGGUAAUACCUUAG